AUGGACCUUCGUGAUUGUAAAAUGGUCAUCCAAACCCACCUCAAUUACGACUCCAAACACCUCUCUGAUGUGAAUAACGUGAUUGCAUCCGUUUCUGAGAAUAAAGCGGCUUACCAAGCCAUAAUCGACCGACUUACUGCCCCGAGUUAUGCUCCUAACAACGCCGAAAGUGAGCAUCUUGUAUAUCUUUGUCAGAAGAUCGACUGGCUGAAUCAAGUUAUUUUUCAACUAAGCGCUGCUUCUUCAACGCUGACCCAGACGCUAGAUCACGGGGUAUUCUCACAAGUUUCAAAGAGGAAAAAUGAACCAGCCCAUUAUAUGUUGAAGAUUGAGUCUUUCUCUCUUCUGUCUGAAGCUAAAUCUAUCAAAAUUGAAUCUGAUAUCUUCGAAGCCAGCUGUCAAAAGUGGAGACUAGAUUUGUAUCCAAAUGGAAAAGAUGGUAGCAACAUAUCUUUGUAUCUUGUGAUAUGUGACACUGGAAGCCUCUCAAAAGGGUGGGAGGUUUGUGUUGAUGUUAAUUUUUUUAUUUAUGAUCAUAAAGAUCACAACUAUGCAACUUUUCAAGAUAUUGAUGGUGAUGGGAACAGGACAAGGUUUAAUGAGAGUAAGAAAAUCUGGGGUUUUGACAAACUGAUUUCACUUGAGUCCUUCACGGAGAGUAAAAAUUGGUACCUGCUGAAUGAUGUGUGUGUGUUUGGGGUUGAGGUUUUUGCCGUUUCACAAUUUGCAGAAAAUGAUCGAUGCUUAUCGUUUAUAAAGCCCCCGGCUGCUAUGAAUACCUACACUUGGAGAAUUGAUAAAUUUUCACAAGUCACAGGAGAAGUUAUUUUUUCAAAUGUCUUCAAAGUUGGCAAUGUCAAAUGGAAUUUAUUCCUUUAUCCAAAAGGUUAUAGUGAAGGGAAAGAUACUCAUUUAUCUUUAUAUUUAGAAGUAUUUGAUCGUGAUUGGUUUCCUGAUGGAUGGCGAGUUUAUGCAAAAUUCAAGCUUCGGGUUAAGAAUCAAAGUUAUAAGGGCAAUAGAGAGAGAGAAAUUGACAAUUGGUUCAGUAGCUCUUCUGGUGGUUGGGGUAUACCAUGUUUUGUGGGACUGCAGAACGAGCUCCAUGAUGGCUUUUUGGCGAAUGAUGUUCUCAUUAUCGAAGUCGAGAUCUCAAUGUUGGGCACACUAAAAAAUUUCAUCUGA